CUGGCCUUUUCACAAUCGGAGAAACAGACCGGAGCAGAUGACCUAGACUAAGUCUUACACAUGAGCGGCACAUAAAACGGUUCUACCACAUGGACAGACACUUCAGAUCCCCAUCCCUCGUUUAAGUGGGUUAUAUCGUCCUGCUUAAUUGGAUAUUCAAGUGAAGACAGUUAAAGGCAUGACUGGGGACUUAGCUGAGAAGUAAUACAUCAUAUCUACGCAGGGUCGCAAGUUCGUCAGUACCAUAACCAAGAACAUGUUUCCUAAUCAGAAAGCAGUUCGAAGCAAAGAUCUAAAUCAGAGGAGAGCACUGUCACAAAAUGUAGGACAAAGCCUGAGAUCUGUACAUCACACACCGAGUAAUCGGCAAGGAGAUGGAGAAACUUACUUCCGGCCCACCAUCGCUGCAGCGUCAAGGUCAUCAAGAAAAGAAGCGGCACCGAAGACGUCGACAGCGCCCUCAUCACAACCACCUCCUGAGGAUCAGAAGAAAAAUACCACUUUGAAUCAACAUCAGAGAAUCGGAAAGCAUGCAGGUCGCGAGGACAAUCGCAAAGAAUAUCUGCGCCCUCGUCAAAACCAGGCAUCACACAAUACAAGCACGAACGUAACCUCUACUUCACCGCCUCCUUACUCAGAUGAGCCGUCUACAGAGUCGAGAACGAAUGUCCGCUACGGGCCUAUCCUUCCACCUACCCCAGAUAAAACAGCUAAACGGCGUUGGUCUGUCUGCGAUGAUAUGGAUGGAGAACAGCUAGAUUCCAUUGCCAAAGGAAUGAUGAGCAAUGUUAGGCUUCCGAAGCAGAAAAAAGGUGUCAAGAUUGCUGGGCGGCGAAUAGGAAAGGCUAAGCGCAAAAGGAGAAAAAAGGAAAAUGACGCUGAAGCUAGUACGAGUGAAUGCCGAUCUAAGACAAAGAAGUUGCCUAAGAAGGCUAAAUCUGGUCACACCGAGUAA